AUGACAAUGAAAGUGCCAACUAAGCUAUCAUGGAACUGUAAGAAGGCUGAGAGGCUUAGCUGCACAAACCUUCUAGAGAAUGAACUUCACACAAGUCCCCUCAACUUCAAUCCACAUCCUGACAAACUUUGCAACGAAAUCACAAAUAUUAUGAUCAGAUGUACAAAGAAUACUAUUUCCCGUGGCAAGGCCAAACAUUAUGGAGUGUUUUGGUCUGAACACCUUGAGAAACCGAAAGAAAGCGGGACGCCUUUUGCAACACAGCUGAUCGGACUGAAAGAACGGAAGACGUACAAGCCUGGAGACGGCAGUCAGCUGUAA